AUGAAGCAAAGAAGUCUCCUCCGACUAUCACAACGUCUCAAACUUCCCUCCUCAGUUCGCUACCUCCCCUCCUUCCCACGCCACAAAUCCACGUCCAAUAAGCCAGGUCACCAAGCUCACCCCAUAGGUGACUACUACGCCUCAAUCCUCACCUCCUCCUCCCCAGAAAUAUCCUCUACACCUCCCACCACCGCGUCUCCUUCAAAUCCACCCAUAACCUCAUCUUCAACCCCUUCUCACUCCUCAGCAAGUGGCGCAGAACCGGGACCCUCAAUCCUCUUCUCCUCACGUCUAUCCUCCCCUUUAGAGCGACGCUCCGAGAUCCUGCGCAAAAGUCAACGAAUAGCCGGAGUCCUUGUUCCGCCACGCCCAGAAGAACCAGAUAAUUGCUGUAUGAGCGGCUGUGUGAAUUGUGUGUGGGAUCGCUACCGGGAUGAGAUUGAGGAAUGGGCUGCUGCGAAGAAGGAGGCGGAUAGGGCUUUGAAGAAAGAACGGAAGAAGAAGAGUGCUGCCGCUCUUGCCGAGGCGGCUGCGAGUAUGGAUGAUGAUGGGGCUGGGAGUGAGGGGAAUUGGGAUGUGGGAGGGGAGGAAAAGGGCGACGAUCUGUUUGAGGGGAUUCCUGUAGGCAUAAGGGCUUUUAUGGUGCAGGAGAAGAAAUUGAAGGAGAAGCAUAUGAGGGAAAAGGCAGCGGGGUAA